AUGCGGCGUGCGUUGUUGAACUCCGCUCGCGAGAAGCGGGCGGUGCCGCACCCACGCGACCGCUCCGUCCGCCAGCUAGAAAAGAAGGAGAAGCGCGCCAUCCGACUGGACGCGCAGAAGACGCGACUCAAGUCCGAGCAGACGUUGCACCUCAUGCGCUUUUUUUGGUUUCGUGAACAGUGCGGUGCUCUCGGCUACGUAACGGAGGCGGUGCCGGAUGACGUGGUAGCGCUUCUGGCGCAGUUGUACGUGGAGCGCAACGAUGAGGAGCUGGCGGAACUGAAGGCGCAGCGCAACCCGCCACUCGGCCGCAUCAAGACGCUCGAGGCGCUGCGGCAGCAGGAGAUGGACGAGCUGGCGUCCGCGAAGGGCCUCCGUAUGCCCAGCCUCAGCGACGCCGACGACGUUGAAAUUUUGACCGAGAUCUGGGACGGCACAAAGGAGACGGUGAUGGUCGUGAAUGCCGUUGGCUUCUCGCUGGCGAAUCGCCCUCGACCGACGCGAGCGGUGCUGGCGCAGCUGGCGGAGCGACUUCGCCCUGUGGCGGAGGUGCGCAAGGAGGCCCCCGUGACGCUGCCGAAGCGUGCCGUCAAGUUCCACGCCGCCAAGCCCUCUGCGGCGAAGCGGAGCACCAAACAUCUAUCGGUGAAGAAGACGGAGGACUCGCUGGCCGGCGUCAAAAGCCGUGCCAAGGCGCGCGAGGAGGCGAAGCGGCAGAAGCGUCUUAAGGAGCAGCGUGGUGCCGCGCUCGCGAGCCGGCGUGUGUGA